GAAGAUCUCGAAGCGAGCGAUAUUGCGAUCCUUCGUCAGUAUUCGUACAAGCUUCGACAUCACCUCACUGACGCUGCCUAUCGCGACCUACCUUUCGCGAUGCCCGAUUCCCAUGUACCGUCCCUCGAAAUCGCUCAGACCCGUAUUGCACAUCUCGCUGGCUUCAAGCCUGAGAUCUUCGACUGCUGUCCCAACGUGUGCAUGUGUUAUACGGGUCCUUACGCAGAAGAUCGUCAAUGCCGAAUAUGCCACACACCUCGUCAUAAUGCAAAUGGACGCGCUCGAAAAAGGUUCACCUAUCUACCGCUCAUUCCUCGUCUCAAGGCAAUGCUAGCCAGUCGUGCCGUCGCCUCCAAAAUGACCUAUCGCGCGGAGGGCCACAAGCCCGUAGACGGAGAGAUCAGCGACUUCAUGGACAGCAAGCGCUAUCAGCGCCUGAAGCGAGAGUACGUCGUCAUUAACCACCGCACUCUACCCCACAAGUUCUUCCAAGAUGGCCGCGACGUUGCAUUCGGUCUUUCGACUGAUGGUUUCGCCCCUUUCCGUCGACGGAAGUCGACAUGC